UGGUGCUGCCUAGUUGAUGGAGGCUGAGCAGAGAGGAAGGAGACGAGCCCCUCUGCUUAUGCGUCAGCAUCCCUUCAAAUAGCCGCUGUCACUUCACUGCUGCUGCACGGACGACUGUGAGAAAUUAAAAAUAAUCACAUUCACAUCGAGUGUUGCUAUUUUAAUGUUCCUGACCACAAUCAUGAUAAACGGAGGGAGUCACUAAAAGGACUCCGGAGAUUGGCCAGGAAGGAUAGCGAUGUUCAAGGCACCUUGUCCCGGGAGUUGUCAUCCUCAAAGCCGGCUGCAAGAGACAGAAAUGCGCCUCUAAGGCAUCGGAGGUUCGAGUUUUCCUGAGCGGAGGGUUUUUGUACGGCAGUUUGAGCUCAAGUGGAAGUGAGCGGGCGUGAGAGGGAGAGACUAUCAUGGCUGACAGAGAAGGGACAAACCUGGAGGACCCUCCCUACAAAAACCUGCUGCUCCUGGGGGCCAUCGCAGCAGCGUCAGCCUUCGUGGUCACCAUCCUCAUCGUCCUUGUCUGCGUGGGGUGUCAAAGAAAAAGCAAGAGCAAGCACCCUUCAGCUGGAGAGAAAGGGACCUCAGUGAACAUGCAGGGAACCCUUCGACACCCUAAACUAAACUCCAUGAGCAAAUCGGAUACCAGGCUGCAUGAGAUCAAUCGCUUCCCCUGCAACGGAAACUCUGUCAGCAAGAGCCGCCCGGCCAGCAUGGACCUCCUGCUGCUCCACAGUCGGCGCUCCCAGACGGACCUGAGGCCCUCCCAAGGGCGCCAGCUUCCGCAGAUCCCCACUAGCCCUCAGGGGUCCAGCCAGGGGGGAGAAGGGGACAUGGGAGGCGAUGGGGGAGGAAGCGAGGCCAGAGACCACACUUACACCGAGGUGGGCCUGCGGAAUAAUCCCACCCCGACCCACGGCCUGGACGACGGGCUGUAUGAGAGCGUCAAUGACACGGGCCCCAAACCGCCCACUGCCCCCCCACCCAUGUCGGCUAACACUCCAGCUUUAGCCAGGGCGGCCCAAAGCCCGCCUGCUCAGGCCAACGGAGCCCGCAACGGGAAUGGAAAUGGUGGCAGAGGGAACGGCGCUAUUAUUAGCACAAUAGCUGCUAGAGGUAACGGGGCAAGCGGGGCUAACAGGUCCCCCCAGUCCUCCGUCAACACCCCGGCCACCCAUGAUGCCACCGCGGCAGAGUAUGCUUCAGUUCGCAAGUUCCGAAAGGUUGAGAAGACAAGCAGAAAGGAAAAUAACGGCGCCGACAGUCAGUCGGACAGCCAAUCGAGCGUCAGCGAUUCGCCCUCGGCAGCUCCUCCACAGCUUCAUCGCAGUCAGGACUUUCCACGCAAACCCUUAGAGCCGUUUCACUUGCACUCCUUCCCUAAGGAGCCAGUGUUUAUGGGAAAUGGCGAGCAGUAUAUCUGGAAGCCACCAGAGGACGAUGAAAUCAUCACCCUGCACCCACCCCCCCACCGCAUAGAGAAUGGACAGGGGCACCCAUUGCCCCCAACCGCAAAAGAGAUCGCAGAUACCUACUCCAUGGUGUGCAAAACCCAGAAGAAAAGAACUCCCAUGGAGAACAACGGAGCAAAGACUCUGCCACGUUCCUUCGGCGGGGAUAAAGGAAAGGGCUGGGGACGAGGCGUUCAGGCCCAGGCGCGUUCCCAGGAGGAGCCGUGCUACCAGCCGACGGGAGACCGGGCCUGGGCGGAGAGCGCACCGGCGGAAUCCAACCCCGCGUACGCUACGCUCGACACUCAUCGUAGACGUGAGCCGGCGGGCACCGGUAACAACACCGGCGGUGGCGCCGCUACGCUGAAGAGGAAAAAACAGCAGGCGCCAUCAGCUGCACCUCAGGGCUCGGCAUCCAACCCUUUGCCCGUUCGAGGCCUGCCUGGAGGAGAUAACUUCUAUGAGAGCAUCAGUGACGUGAAAGGAGGCAAUAGCUCCAGCACCACGACGAUCUUCACCUUCAACGAUGGGAUGGAGAUGUACGUCACCGGCCUGUAACGGCUGACAUGCAGAUACCAACCAGAAGGUUCUUGAGAAGGAUCUUCAUGUCAACUUGUCUUCAAAGGGUUGCGAUACGCAGGUACUAUGUCCUCUUCAGACUAAACGACAAAUUAGUGUUGGCAUCAGGUACAAACAGGGUUUUAAUCCAGGUUCAGACUUUGCUUCACAGGUCUGUAGUUCAGAACCAUCCUCAGCCCAAAAAGGACGAAGGUGUUUUAAUAAACAAAACAGCAAAACUGGAUUAUACACCUUUAAAAAAAAACAUACUCAUGUUUUUGUGAGGCAUCGUUGUCCAUCAUAUCUUUAUUUUUGUAUGAACAAUAUUUCUUUGGUGUGGUUUAACUCACAACUGAAGCACAUUUGAUUACACACACACACACACACAAGUGUGUAUGUACGUAUGUUCAUGCAUGCGUCCUUCAAACCACGGAGAGCUGCAGCAUUGAUGCUUACUAUAUUAGGCGAAGGAGUCCACAGUGCGACGCAUAAACACGAGUGCACGUGUCUCAUCUUCACAGCACUUACGUAACGUAAGCAGAUGGAUGUCACAGAGAUUUUUGGAGCUCAGCUCAACCUAAGCAAACAUCACCAACAGGUUCCCUGUGCACACUGACCUGUUGCCUGGCAGGGAGGGAUGGCGGCUUGUUCAAACAAAGUCAUUUGGAGGACGGCUGACACUCGGGCCGCUGUCCCCGUUUCACAAUGCAACAUCCGUGUGGGGGCGAAAUUCAUGAAUCGUUCAGGUUUCGGAAAACUUUAUUUAUAUUCAUAAUCACAGCAAAUUCCAUAGAAAUUUAGCAAAAUGAGGCAAGCCAGGAAUAUCAGCCAUUGCCAUCCCAUAAUUUAGCACUGGUGUAUUUCAACAAUAUAUUGUUUAGCAUCUUAAUAGCAGAAGGGAUGAAUGACAUUGAGUACAUUGACCGUUAACGGUUAUCAAUGGCAGCCCUCUUAAAGGGAUAGUUGCCAUUUUUUUUACAUGAAGUGAUGUGACACCAGGCUGCACGGUGUUGAGUGGUUAGCAUGCAGGUCUCACACCUAGGAGACCCGACUUCAAUUCCACCCUCACGGUGUGGAGUUUGCAUGUUCUCCCCGUGCAUGCGUGGGUUUUCUCCGGGUACUCCGGUUUCCUCCCACAUUCCAAAAACAUGCUAGGUUAAUUAGCCACUCCAAAUUGUCCAUAGGUAUGAAUGUGAGUGUGAAUGGUUGUUUGUCUAUAUGUGCCCUGUGAUUGGCUGGCCACCAGUCCAGGGUGGACCCCGCCUCUCGCCCCAAGUCAGCUGGGAUAGGCUCCAGCACCCCCGCGACCCUCGUGAUGCUAACCACUCUCCGCCGUGCAGCCCAAAAUCCAAACUGCCCCUUUAAUAUUUGAUCUAUGUUUGUUUUGGUUAACAAUAUAGAAAUCCUCAAUAUAAUUAUGAGAUCAGCUCAGAUUGGACAAACAUCUCUGGAGCUGGAGGCAUGAUGACACAUCUCUCGUCACACACACACACACACAUGCACACACACGCACACACACACACACACACACACAUUCACGCACGCUUGGCAGCGUUUUACAGGGUAAAGCGAUCAGGUCAGGGCUGGUGAGAGUGUUGGGCAAGAGUGAUAUGGGUGACAGAUUUCACAACGCCAGAUUGUUUCCGUGUAAGAAAAAAGACCUUCAGGAAGAAUGCUUUCUUCUAAAAUACAUAUCUCCAAAAAAGAUGAUUUUAUUCCUUUUAAAUGUGAUUUUAUUGUACUAUUGCAUUCUGCAGGAAUGGCUGUCCUCUUUUUUUUUGUAUUAAUGUGCUGUAAAUGUUCUUGGGUUUGAUUCCUGGCUUCAAGUCCAAACCAGUGCUCUCCAUAGUCCUCUACAUUUGAUACUUGGAAUAGCAACAGAAAAUUGGGACUCCAAAGAAAACAAGCAUGGAGUGUCCUUUGGACGAUUGCCCCUCACCCUCUCCUCAGCCUGCUUUCUACCCCCCCCCCCAGCCUCCAUGAUAAACAAUGUAUGUUUCAAGUAGCUUUGGGCAGCAUUAAAAAGAAGGGAUGGUGGACUGAAGAAGACCUUAGAGGCGUAAUAAAUGGGUGCGAGGCCAAUAGGAACGAGAGCGAAGAAGAAUCUCACUGUGAGAGAACCUUGUAAAUGUUGAAAAGGUCAGUAGCAGAAACGAUGAAUGUUGCUGUGUGACAAAUGAUGUAAAAGCAAAUGCACAAAUGUAUUUAAUUGCACUCUUCAUUUUUUUUUCCUCUGCUUUUGGACAAUGGAUAGCUCAUGCCACUGCCAUGAAUCUCGUGUGUGUUGGUGCAAUUUCUUCUGCUUGAUCCAAAAAGUGCAUGCGUUGAUAUAUGGAGAUGAAACAAAUAUCGUGGUACUCUAUUGAUCUCUUGUUUGUACGUCUUUGGUUGUACUUUUUUUGCCAUGUAACGCACAGCAGUGUUUUUCCAAAGCCGUGACUUAAGAGGAGGGGAUGGAAGCCACUGGGAGUUUAGGCCUCCGUGUUUAUCCUCUGCAACGGCGGAGCGAGAAGAAGCGAUACGGGUGGGGGAGGGGGGAGAACUAGCAUGAAGCUUGAUGUGGAUCACUGCAAAUGGACACAGACCCCGUGAACCCUCCUCCUCCUCCUCUUUGGGAUAUGUUCUUGUGCAGGCACAUGUACGCACACUGCAACGUUUAGCCAUGUGCGUUUCCAGUUUAAGCGGAGGAAGCACUUUUUCACCCCUGACUGUACUCCCUCCCCCAGCUGUGUUCACUCCCCAAUACCGGACACAGAGAUGGCUUUCUCUGCUUCACCUCUCUCCCUCGCUGUGCAGGGGGAGGAGCUUCUGACGUCCGCUUCUGAAGGACUCCGGCAGUGUGGAGUGAAGCAGGCCUGGUCUGUAGCAACGAGGCACCGUUGGCCCCAACUACUGUCUGAGAAGGAUGAGGAAUAGCAGUGGAGAUGCCUCCCAGACAAAGCUGGCUUGAAACCACGAUCAUGCCUAAUCCUUUUUUCCUGGCUGUCACUUUGUGUCACAUCGUCACAUUUCCUUUCUCCCAAAACAAAGCACUGAUCUUGAUCUAUUUGUUGUACACCGAUUGAGACUGAUGUUCGCUGCACAAUUAUAGUAGGAAUAUGUAAAUGUGUAAAAUACUGCUGCUGUUCUGAUGUUGUCACAGUGUAAUAUAGAGUAUGCAGUAUGUUUGUCAAGGGGAGGGAAUACAGUGGGAUGAAAACAUUUGGGCACCCCUGGUCAUUUUUGAGAUUUUCCUUUAUAAAUCACUGGUUGUUGGGAUCAGUUUAAUAUAUCAUAUAAUAUAUCAUAUAGCAGACAAAGAAACGGAAAUGAUGUUUAUAGGAUUUACAGAAAGUGUGCAAUAAUUAUUAGUCAGGUGCAUGAAUUUGCGCACCCUUGUUUUUUUUAUUUGAAUACAUUUCUUUGGUAAGCUCGUUGACCCUUGACCUGCAUACAGCCAAUCAUGAGAAAGCGUAUUUAAGGUGGCCAGUUGCAAGUUGCAUCUUCUCUUAAGAGUAGCAACAUGGUAGCCUCAAAACAACUGUCACAUGACCCGAAAGCAAAGAUUGUUCAACAUCAUGGUCUAGGGGCAGGAUACAAAAAGCUAGCUCAGAGAUUUCAGCUGUCAGGUUCCACUCUGAGGAACAUAGGGAAUAAAUGGAAUGGUCCCUUGAGGUAUGCUAAAGCACAUUUGGACAAGCUAGCUUCAUUUUGGAAUAAGGUGCUGUGGACUGAUGGAAAAUGGAGUAAUUUGGACAUAACAAGGUAUGCGGUAUGCAUGGCGGAUGAAGAACACAGCAUUCCAAGACAAACACUUGCUACCCACAGUAACAUUUGGUGGUGGUUCCAUCAUGCUGUGGGGCUGGGUGGCCAGUGCAGGUACUGGACAUCUUGUUCAAGUUGAAGGUGGCAUGGAUUCCAGUCAGUAUCGGCAGAUUCUUGACAACAGUCUUCAAGAAUCAGUGACAAAGAUGAAGUUGCGUCGGGGCUGGAGACCCCCAACAAGACAAUGACCCUAAACACUGCUCAAAUUCUUGAAAAUCUUGAAAAUGACAAGGGGUGCCCAAACUUUUUCACACCAUUGUAUAUGUUUAUCUCAGACACAUUUGUGGAUGCAAAAUGUUUCCUGCUUUCCAUGCACAUACAGAUGUUUUUGUUAACUGUCUUCAGAUAUAAUUAUGGGCCAAUACUGCUGUGACAGCUGUAGCCAAUGUACGUUCUCAAAGCACAGGAUUUACUUGGAAAAGAAUAUAUUAAAAAUAUAUAUAGUGUGACAGUGUGGAUAUGCAAAAGAUUGUAAUGUUUUAUAUUAACCUUCAUAAAAUAUUAAAGUGAGUUUUUACUUUUCUAAUAAAG